AUGGAGAGGAAGGAAAAGAGGGGUAGGGUUUUCUCUCCUACUCCUCUCCGGCCAGCCACUUUUUUUUUCUUCUUCUUCUUCCUCCCUGCUUUCUUUCCUUCCUUCUCUCUCCAUAUAUAUAUAUAUAUAUAUGUGCUGCCAUUGUUGCGGAUGCCGUUUUGGUUCCUUAGCUCAGGUGGGUGGUGUUUUACCGCAGUAGUCAACAUGUGGCGUCUUCAGUGUGCCCUGCAAGGCCUGCCGUCAAAGAAGCGUCUUUCUGCAGAGGAUGGUACGAAAAUGUGUGUCUCAACACAUCCAUACUGUGAUCACGCUUCCCUUAUACUCGACGCUGAGCAAAGCAACGAAAUGAGCGGUGACAUAUGUCUUCUUUCAGCAUCUCCCGAACUGGAUGGAAAGCUUCUCGCAUUACACAUCGACGAGGCUCGGGUGGAGUUGCGGGAGGCGCGGCAACUCAUUUCUAGCUCUUAUUCAUUUUAUAUGUAUGAACAGGAGGCGCUGCUGCGUUUCUCCUUGGUGGGUGGUGUGCACUCCAAUGAUUUUAUGGAUACUGGCCCAAGAGAAAAAAAUUCUGUGAUUGAUUUGCACGAGCGUUACUGGCAUCAUGUCAAUUCAACAAUGCUGCUUCCCGAUGAAAGCAGUGAAAUUUUGCUGCGACUGCGACGCCACAGCGAAUUUGAGCCCACAGUGUCCGUUCUGUCAGGUGAAAGCGUGUAUCGGCUCAAUUUGGACUCGUUGGAAAAGGAAAAUGCGUUCAACUUCGGUCGUACUGCGGCCAACGCCACGUGUAUGGACUGCUGGGGACCUCAAUCCCUCGUGGUCUGUUUCUCCUCCGGCGAAGUUUCUCUUAUGGACUGGCGCGAUCCAGGCGGUGUGCUACUCGUAAAUACAUAUGCGCCCCAGCGGGCCUCCGCAUGUCGGACUGCCCAAGGAAGAUUUCGGGCAGCUCCUCCACGCGCUGGCAUCCUGUCAUGCUGUGCCCUGGAGGAUAGCUUUCGUGUGGUUUGUGGCCUGGGGGACUCCUGUGGAACGGUUGUAGUGACAGACUUACGCAAGGCUUUGACGACAUCUCUCCGGAGUAAAAAGCGUGGUAGAAGCUCACCAGCAGAGGACGCGUGGCAGGCGGUUAUAGCCGGAAGCUUCUCCAUUCCCACUUCUUACCCCAUCAGCGACAUGCGGCACUGCCGCUGUGAUUUUGGAACGAUAGGAAUGGUGGACACGGGUGGCUCCAGUAUCCUGACGUCUAUUAACUCCCUGGAGGACGGAUCGAUGAAUGCACGAAAGAAGCAGAGUGAUACUUUGCGGGGAGUCAUUUCCUCCUUCCCCGCCUCUUCUUCUGGCAGCAGCGACGGCGGCGGAAUAAUUCCCCAUGCUCGAUCUCUUCGCUGCGAUGUGUCGUCGGACGGCUGUUUUCUUGUAAGCACACGAGUGACGCCAGGAUACACUGCGCUUUUAACGCGUCAAGGGAAAAGAGCGGAUAUUCAGCUAAACAGGGUGGCGCACGAGAAGCUUCGCCAAGAACCCUUUGUCUCCGUGGCGGUUUUGGGUUCAACAGUUUGUGCGCAAACAAGCUCUGGGAACGCCUUGUGCG